AUGCCUCUCAGCAUGCUUGCUAAUCCCGCUCCCACCCUGACCUCCGACUUCAUGGAAAAGGAAGAAGCAGAGGAUGACUACAACGAGUACGAUGGCAUCGAUCUAAAAAUAGUGGACACCACCAUGUUCAUUGCCAGUACCGUCAGCCUUAUGGCUCUCUCAGCUUUGGAAGCAACCAAUCAGACGCUGCCCAUCCCGUGGCUGAUGGUCGCCGGGUUUUUCCUCCACGCUUAUGCUGCCCGUCUCGCCUACGCCGCGGGUUCUCUGUCCAGAGCCUACAGUGGUGUGGUCCUGAGCCUCUUCUACAUCACCUGGAUAGCUUUCUUGCUCAACAAUAACUUUUCAUUUUCCCUGCGUCCAGUAUCAAUUGGUCUGCUAUGUUUGUUCACUGUCGUCAUAAUCCUAUCUCCGACCUUCACCCGCGUGUGGAUGCCCUUCAGUCUGUUCAUGGAAGUGUGCUUCGUCGCCCUGGUGCUGACCACAUUUGGCGUGUGCCCCAGGUGGAUGGUUCUGGUCACGUCACUCCUCGCUGCUCUGGUGAGCAUGUACGCGGCAGGUGCUGAGCUGAUCAACACGCUAGUGGGCUCACAUGUCGUCCCAGUGGGAAGACCAGCCAUCAAGCCUGCAGACGAGGGUCAGAGCGAUGUCCCACCACCAUGCCCUCUGUUCACAUCACGCCGUAGCUCCGCCCUCCGUCGUGUGGCCCGCCUAUUGGACAAUGGCUCAGUGGUGGGCGUGCCCACAGACACAGUGUACGCGCUCGGGGCUUCCUGUAAACACCCUGCCUCCAUCAAAAGGAUCUAUAUGGUGAAAGUACGUCAAACUCAAACUAAAUUCCCCCAUUCUAGUAAGCGCCUAGGCCUGGGAGACUCCAUCGGCAUCGUGGGCACCAAGGACAGUAUCUGCAUCCGUGUUCCAGACAGCUCCGUGUUGGCCUACCUAGUCAGUGUGUCCGGCCCCAUAGCCAUCACCUCGGCCAAUCCUAGCGGCGGGGAAGACAGCACGCAUCACGACAUGGUCAUUAACUCUCUCGGUGAAAAGUUGGACGGCGUGGUGUGCGAUGGGACAUCUAAUGAGCUGGUGGCCUCAACCGUGGUCAAUUGUCUCAAGAUCGAUGAAGGUAUAAUAACCUACUUCCGUAUCGGCUGCACACCUCAAGAAAUCGUGGACGGCCAUUUUGAGGCCGCCAAAGCGGAAGUGGCUUCCAAGUCUUCUGUUCACAACAUGCAAGAGAAACUAGCAUAACAUUGACUCAUAUAACGGUAAAGUUGUGUAAUACGCGAACAUGAAGGGCGGAUGACAUCUGUUAUUCUUUCCUCAGUCCACUGAAUGUCUGUUUUCUACGAAAUAUGAUUUUGAAUGGAAUAAGAAAGAAGACCAAAAAAAAAAAAAAA